AUGAGAGCCUCCGCCUACUUCUCCUGGGCCUUCCUGCUGUCGCCCAUCUGGGCCGCCCCAGUUUCGGAGCCCACGAACCCAUGUCUCACCAGGCAAACAAGCACCAGCUUCACUGACUACGCCUAUGUUUACUUCACAGGCGAAGGCUAUUCCAACGGCGAGCAGGUCUAUAUGGCUGUCAGCAACAACAAUGAUCCCAACCAAUGGACAACGCUCAAGAAUGGUCAACCCUAUCUGACCACCAACGUCGGUACCAAGGGCAUUCGCGACCCUUCAUUGAUCGUUGCUCCGGAUAGAAGCAAGUUUUGGAUCAUUGCCACGGACCUCAAAGUCAACGGUCUCCCCGGCGGCUGGUCCAACACCGACAUGCAAACCAAGGGCUCCAAGUCCAUCGUCGUCUGGGAGUCCACCAACCUCCGCAACUGGUCUGGCCCCCGGCUCGCCAAGGUGUCCCCCGACAAUGCAGGCAUGACCUGGGCGCCCGAUGCCAUCUGGGACCCUGCGCGUAACGCCUUCAUGGUGUACUGGACUUCGAGCGUCCUCUCUACCGGCAACGGGAUCACGGCCGGGUGGAAGACCCUCCGAUGCUAUACCAAUGACUUUGUGACCUUCACCAAGCCGGAAGAGUACCUCGUAGGGUACGGCAUGGAUAACACCAUCACCGCCGGUGACAACGGAGUGUUCUAUAUGAUCAGCAAGAACGGACCGAACGGGUUGAUCCAGGAGAACGUGGCGACCAACGGACUCUCGGGAGGAUGGAAGAAGGUCUCGGAGAACAUUGGACAGGGCUCUUUGCCGUCUGGCGAGGGACCGUUGAUCUUCAGGGACAACAAGGACCGCAACAAGUGGCAUCUCUGGAUCGACAACAACACCAAGGGAACCGGGUAUAUGCCGUUCGAGACAUACAACAUUGCCGGCGGUCAGUACACCAAGACGCAGAACUCCAAGCUCCCGGCCAACCCACGCCACGGAUAUGUGAUUCCCAUCACCGCCGCCGAAAGAAGUGCCUUGUUGUCCUCCUAAGUCCGAACCAACCGCCAGAUCGUACAUGGUUCGUGUAAGUAAGGUCUGGUACCUUUGGUCUUUCAUCCCAUGGCAUCGUAUAUAAGACUUGGCUUCCACCCAAGUGUGGUCUAGUCUCUUCUCUUCUCUUCAUCUUUAGUUAUUUAUCAACAACGUUAGUUUAUUUGCGUGUCUCGACCGCUAGAUGCACGUGCGUGACAGUACGGUUUGGGAUUGUUGUAUCUGAUGACCUUUUGGUGAUAUUGCGUCCGACUCCGAGUAAGUUGGCAAUGUCAAUAGUCGAGUAACCGUAGCCAAAUGCAAUGACGGCAUCAGCACAUCGCCGUGUGUUGUUGGUUUCAAGAGUUG